CAACAGGCUAACUUCGCCUCUCGAAGACCAAUGUACAUGACUGUCAACACCAUAGCCGACCUCUCUUCAUGCACCAGACGGAGAAGGAGCAGCAGCAGAAGCAGAAGGAGCAGCAGAAGAAGCAGAAGCAGAAGCAGAAGCAGAAGCAGAAGAAGCAGAAGCAGAAGCAGAAGCAGAAGGAGCAGAAGAAGCAGACGCAGAAGAAGCAGAAGAAGCAGAAGCAGAAGCAGAAGAAGCAGAAGCAGAAGCAGAAGAAGCAGAAGCAGAAGAAGCAAAAGCAGAAGAAGCAGAAGCAGAAGAAGACGAAGACGAAGACGAAAACAACGAAGAAGCAGAAGAAGAAGAAGCAGAAGAAGAAGAAGAAGAAGAAGAAGAAGAAGAAGAAGAAGGCAAAAGAAGACGCAGAAGCAGAAGCAGCAGAAGCAGAAGAAGCAGAAGAAGCAGAAGCAGAAGAAGCAGACGCAGAAGAAGCAGACGCAGAAGAAGCAGAAGCAGAAGAAGCAAAAGCAGAAGAAGCAAAAGCAGAAGCAGAAGCAGAAGAAGACGAAGACGACAACGACGAAGACGCAGAAGCAGAAGCAGAAGAAGAAGCAGAAGAAGAAGCAGAAGAAGAAGAAGAAGAAGAAGCAGAAGCAGAAGAAGAAGAAGAAGAAGAACAAGAACAAGAAGGAAAACAAGAUGAGAAUAAAAAAACGAAAGUCGACGGGAAGAAGAAGAAGAAGAAGAAGAAUUAAUAAUAUAAUAAUAAUAAUAAUAAUAAUAAUAAGAAGAAGAAGAAGAAGAAGAAGACGAAGAAGAAGAAAAAUAAAAACACAAACUUAGU